AUGGUAGGAGACAGAGUCUUAAACCUGGUAAUGACUAAGACACUUGAAGCUGUAGUCGAUAGUCAGAUUCAACUACCAUGUAACAUCAGUCUUCCUUCUGAAGAUGACUUCAUAUCCUUGGUACUGUGGUACAAGUCAGGAAUCAGUGCUCCAAUUUUCAGUGUAGACUCUAGAUAUGGUGCACUGGAGAACUCCAAACACUUUACCAGCAACUUCCUGGGACAAAGAGCUUACUUGUAUUUUAACUUGGACAUUGAUUUGGCUUUUCUGACCAUCAAAUCUGUUGAAGAUGGAGAUGAAGGAAAGUACAGUUGCAGAGUCGAUUUUCGAUGGGGAAGAACUCUCAAAAGCGCAAUAAAUGUAGAUGUUAUUGUUCCCCCUAGAAGUGUUCUCAUUACUAAUGAGAAAAACGAGCUCUUGUACGGACAGAUUGGCCCUUAUGACGAAGGUUCUUCACUCAUUCUUCGUUGUGUGGCAAAAGAAGGUAAACCUUUACCGAUCGUAACAUGGUGGAGAGGAUUUGUUCAAGUUGACGACAGCUUUCAGGAGAUCGGAAAAUACAGCGUUCGAAAUGACUACAUUAUUCACGAGCUAACACGUGAAGAUUUUAUGGCCGAAAUCUCCUGUCAGGCCUCCAAUACCAAUCUAACUUCACCAGGGGUCGCCACUGUCAUUAUUGACAUGAACUUAAAGCCUAUGGAAGUACGAGUUAUUUCGACCCACCGCCAUUUUUGUGCUGGUCGGCAGUUUGGUGUUGAGUGUCAGACGACGGGAUCACGACCUCCUGCUAACAUCACUUGGUGGCUUGGAACCCGAAAAUUGACGGAUGCUUUGGAGAUCGUAAGGGAUGGUGGAAACCGAACCGUUAGCAAUCUGGUCUUCAUUCCGAUAAGUGACGAUAACGGAAAAUACUUGUCCUGUCGAGUGGAAAAUAUAAAAAUGCCAGAAAUUUCAAAAACAGAUGGAUUGAUUCUAAAUGUUCAUUAUGCGCCUCAAUUAUCCGUGUGCCUGAAUCCUAAUCUAGUUUCCGAUAAGUUGUACGAGGGAAAUAAUAUUUACUUGGAGUGCGAGUUUCAGUCAAACCCAAAGAUUGUGAGAAUGGAAUGGCAGUUUCAAGGAGGUACAUUACUAACGAAUCCUCGAACCGGGGUUUUUGUUAACAAUAAAUCAUUGGUCCUGGAGAACGUUAGAAGAGAACAAAGUGGCAUCUACAGAUGUCUAGCUGACAACAUAGAAGGACGAGGGGAGAGCGAGGGGCUGGAGAUUAAAAUAAAAUAUGCCCCCGUGUGUAAGAAAGGUCAGAAAUUUGUUUAUGCCGUCACAGUGAAAGAAGUGGCCGAAGUAUCCUGUGAGGUUGAAGCUGAUCCCGUUAAUGUUACUUUUACUUGGGAAGUGAACAACACAGAGAAUAAUAGGGAAAUUUCCUCCUUUGAAAGCUUUGGUGUAAAGAGUGUAGCUCGUUAUAGUCCACAAGAUGAAAACGACUUUGGAUUUCUAGCUUGCAAAGCUCAAAAUGUGGUUGGAGUUCAAAACAAACCAUGUAUUUUCACUUUAUUAUCUGUUCGCCCACCGGAACAAGUUCAGAACUGCACCAUUUCUAAUUACAGUAGUGAAUCUCUAUUCGUUGAGUGUGUUCCUGGAGAUGAUGGCGGUCUUGAACAGCUUUUCCAUGUCGAGGCCUAUUUGUCUGGAUCCCAAGUACUCCAGGCUAACGUCACCAGAAACAGACAACCAGUUUUCAGGCUUUCUGGACUCAUUCCUGGAGCUUCAUUUGAUUUGUUCGUUUAUUCUUCUAACGAUAAAGGGAAAAGUCCAGCUGUCACUUUAACUGCUCAAACACAGGUGUCCGCUAGGUGGCUAAGAGAUCACCCGGUUACUAUUAUACCUCACCUGGGAAUAUUUGUGGGAGCCGUUUCUGCUUUAACAUUCCUUGCUAUUAUCAUUGUUCUGCUGGUAAAAAAGAGAGCAGAACGCUCAGAGAGGAGUAGUGGUGAUGUUUCAGAAGAUAACGUCGAAGACAAAUACAGCACAAUGUCCGAAGAAAUGACCACAAACAAGAACGUGGAUUCCAGUGAUCCAGAUCUUAUCCCUUUGCGUGACUUUACAAUGAAUUUGGAAAGAACCGAUUUUACCAAGAAGAAAACACGAUUUGUUGGCAAAUAUUCUUUUAAUAAUGACAACAGAACAUUAUAUCACGAAAAACGAAGAAAACACGAUGAAUACAGAGACACCAUCUCUCCUGAAAGAUUGCCACUGAAGAGCAGCAGAUCUUUUAACGAGGACAGUGGCGGAUUCUCGGAUGAAGAACUACUAUUUGAACCAGUAACCAGGUCUCCAACUGAUAGUUCUCAACAUAAACGUCAGCAGCUGAGGUCCUUGCAGUCUAAGCAAUGGAGUGAUGAUGAAGACAGAAAGCAGAUUGAUCCUUCUGGUGCUCAGAUUCAUCGGAACACCAAAAACGUUGCUAAGUACCAGAGUGACAGGAAAAGAUUAUACAGAGAAGAGGGCCUCACUAAUAAAACGUUACCAAUCCUCCACAAGAUGGACGCACCUCGAAAACAGCAAAGAAAUUCCCGAAGGAAUCCUAAAACAAAGAAAAGUUCUUCAGGAAUUUUACAAUAA